CCAUGUACCAUGGUAAUGCGAGUUCAGUCACAGUCGCAGACACAAAUAGUAGGCUGUUUUGUGGAGGGAUACUAAUAGAAACCAGCAUCGCUAUGAUCCUCAUCCAUACUCGUAGACUCGGCCAUGGAGUAAUUCUUUGGAUAUGCCUACAAAAGGUCAAGCUUUUGCUUGUGUUUCGAAUAACUUGAAACACUUUGCCUCUAAAACAACAUGAUCUUUCCUUUCCUCGUGUCUUUGGGUAUGCUAGAGAUCAAGUCAACAAUGACUCUCCAUUGGCUGCAUUAUUUUUAUGAAACAUCUGCAUCGUUGACAUGGAAGGAUGAGAUAUCCUUUUAAUUAAUUCCUUUUAUUUUUAAAAUACACGGCCUUCUCUUUGUUUUUUCACUUAGCAUGUGCCGAAUGGAUGCUUACUUGUCCGAGGAUCCUAUAUGAAAGGACACUAUUGGAAUCUUAAUUUUAAAAAACCAAAAUAACCCAUAGUUUUCUGUCCUGUAUUGGGUAAUGUCUUUUAAAAAUCAUUGCUGAACAAUCUCGCAGAUUCUUUUAUGUUCUAUACAGUUAAAAAGAAUUAAAAAAUGGGAGCUUCAGUUUGGUAGAAAGUUAUUUUAAAUAGGGAGUCCCAGGACCCACGGGUCAAUAGUCUGGUAGAGAACUGAUCUGGGCAUCUGGGGAUUUCAGCAUUUUCUGCUCAGGAUGAUCACAUAAUCAUGUCCACAUUGAUGGGAAAAUAAAAACUGGGCAUUUGAUUAUAUACUGUCAACCCCAUUUUCAUGCAAAUAUGAAAAGUGGAUUUUUUGUCUUGGCCUUAACAGAGAUCUGAGGUUUGACCGGCCUAUUAAUCAUGAAAACUAAAUAAUUGUCAGUUGGGUUACUUGAGUUUCUCAAUUUACUGACACCAAGUGGAUCCAUUACUGCAGUUUUUAAGUUAUUCAUUUUCGGGCUCAGUGGCCUCUUUAGCGUUGGAAUAAGUUGACAGCUCAUCCUUCUUUCUGGCUUUGCAAGAAUUUGGGGAAUAAGGACAGGCUGAUCUCUUGCAGUAGGAAUGGUGACUUCCUUGCAGAAUUUCAAGUGUUCAUGGCAGCAGAUUUUGGUUAUUCUAUCUCUGAUUACCUUUAUUUUCGUUGUGCAUAUUUUCUAUAUGCCCCUCAUACCAUUUUCUCUGGAAUUUAAUGGAGUCCAACAGAAUAUAACCAAUGCGUACUCAGAAGAAAAUAAAAGUAUUGGAAAAAUGCAAUUUACAGAGGACUCUUAUGUAGCAGUUGUGUAUAGAAAUGCUCCAUGGAAAUCUGACAUUGGAAAGUGGUUGUCUAGAUGCAAUGAUAUUGCAGAAUCAGUUCCCAUUAAUGAGACUAUUGGUGGGAAAAUUUGCAAAGAUGGUUGCAGCGGUCACGGUGUUUGCAACCCUGAACUCGGGGAGUGUCGUUGUUUUCAUGGCUACGCUGGAGAGGGGUGCUCUGAAAGGUUAAAUCUAGAGUGCAACUAUCCUCCUUCACCUGAGAAACCAUACGGACACUGGGUGGUUUCUAUUUGUUCAGCUCAGUGUGAUACUACACGAGCUAUGUGCUUUUGUGGAGAAAACUCCAAGUACCCUGAUCGCCCUGUUGGAGAGUCUUGUGGAUUUCAGGUCAUUGACCGAGUAGUGAAUUGGUCAAAGGCAGACACUGAAAAUCUGUUUACAAGUAACAUCAGCAAGCCUGGCUGGUGUAAUGUUGAUCCACAAGAAGCUAGAAUAGGAAAGGCUCUUUUCAAGCAGGAGUGUGAUUGUAAAUAUGACUGUCAAUGGGGGCGAUUUUGUGAAUUCCCCACAGAAUGUAGUUGCAUUAACCAGUGUUCCGGAAAUGGAUAUUGUCAUGGUGGAUUCUGCCAGUGUAAGGCUGGUUGGUAUGGGAUUGAUUGCAGCAUUCCAUCCAUAGCAUCGUCAAUACAGGAAUGGCCUCAAUGGCUUCUACCAGCCACAGUCCAAAUACCUAAUGGAAUGUUUGUAGGAGAAAAGCUCAAUGGCAUCCAAGCUGUAGUUACAAAGAAGAGACCACUUAUAUACAUAUAUGACUUGCCACCAGAAUUUAACAGCCACUUGCUUGAGGGCCGCCAUUUUAAGUUUGAGUGUGUAAAUAGGAUUUACGAUGAUCGGAAUGCAUCUGUUUGGACGGACCAGCUGUAUGGCUCACAGAUUGCACUUUAUGAAAGCCUUUUGGCAAGUCCUUAUCGCACAUUAAAUGGUGAGGAGGCAGACUACUUUUAUGUGCCAGUUCUUGAUGCUUGCUUGAUUACUCGUGCAGACGAUGCCCCUCACUUGAGCAUGAAGAAUCAUAUGGGAUUGAGAAGCUACUUUACAUUGGAUUUCUACAAAAAGGCCUAUGAUCAUAUUAGAGAGCAUUACCCGUUUUGGAAUCGUUCAUCUGGACAUGAUCAUAUCUGGAAUUUUGCUUGGGAUGAGGGUGCUUGCUAUGCCCCUAAGGAGAUAUGGAAUAGCACGAUGUUGGUCCAUUGGGGAAACACAAAUUCAAAGUAUAAUCAUUCAACAACUGCUUAUUGGGGGGACAACUGGGAUGGAAUUCCUGUUGAGAGAAGAGGCACUCACCCAUGUUUUGACCCAGAUAAAGACUUGGUAAUUCCAGCGUGGAAAAAGCCAGAUCCAAAUGCUAUCAAGUCAAGGAUAUGGGCAAGACCACGUGGAGAACGCCCAACACUCUUUUACUUUAACGGAAACCUGGGUGCUGCUUUUGAAAAUAAUAGACCAGAGCCAACUUAUAGUUUAGGUAUUAGACAAAAACUUGCUGCCGAAUUUGCUUCAGAACCAAACAAGGAAGGAAAGCUUGGAAGACAGAGUACAAAAGAUGUCAUUGUUGUUUCACACAGAAGCCCAAAUUACUAUGAAGAGUUGGGUAGUUCACUUUUCUGUGGUGUGUUUCCUGGCGAUGGCUGGAGUGGACGUAUGGAGGACAGUAUUCUACAUGGAUGCAUCCCAGUAAUUAUCCAGGACGGCAUACAACUACCAUAUGAGAAUAUGCUGAACUAUGAUAGUUUUGCUGUUCGUAUUGCAGAGGAUGAUAUUGCGAGUUUAAUUCAAAUUCUUAGAGGAAUUAAUGAAACAGAUUUGGAAUUCAAAUUGGCCAAUGUGCAUAAUCUUUGGCAAAGAUUUCUAUAUCGGGAUUCUUUUAUGCUGGAAGCUAGACGACAAAAUGCAUCCUAUGGUCAUUUGGAUGAUUGGGCUGUACAAUUUUCACUGCUUACAGAGGAUGAUGUGUUUUCUACAUUAAUACAGGUUUUACACUAUAAGCUGCAUAAUGAUCCAUGGAGAUCAAAACACAGCUUUCGGAACAAGGAAUUUGGGCUUCCACAAUAUUGUCAAGAAAACAAGAGCAAAUACAAUAAGAAGUAAAGGCCACAUUUAAAAAUGUACAUGGUUUUUGUUCAUUAAAAAAAUCUUGUACUUCUUGUGUAAUUGUAACAUUUCCUCUUCAUUGAGCAUUGCUUGGCACUGUCAUGUGCAAAGAACCCUGGCAAUUUUGUAGGCAAUAAAAAGUGCAUUCUUUUAGUCAAGAGAAUAGCAACCCUGCAAUUCUAGGGUAAUUCUAUCAUUCCUUGGCCUAUCAUAAUGAAUAAAUCAAUGUAAGUUCGAAACUCCAUUUAGAUCAAGUUGGUCAAGAUGUUGAGUUAGGUGUCUUUGAUAAGCCUAAUAAUUUGCUUUUCAAUAUUCA